AGUGGGCUUGGUUUGACAACAAGAAACACUCUUUUCUUUUCGUUAUUUGGUUGGGAUUCGAUUGGAGUUUCUAAUUUUAUCUUCUCUUCAUUAAUUGCCUGUUAAACUUCUUAUCUGCAGCUAAAGCUUGAAAAAAAUGGAACAAGGGUCCAUUCCUUCUCCUCAUAUACUCAUCUUUCCUGCCCAAGGCCAAGGACAUGUAAACGCCACGCUCAAGCUAGCAGAGCUUUUGAGCCUUGCUGGCUUUAAGAUUACCUUCAUAAAUUUCCAGUAUGUACAGGAACGUCUAGUUCGUAAUACAGAUGUUGAAGCUCGUUUCUCCAAAUAUCAUGGAUUCCAAUUCAAAACCAUACCAGUUUGUCGGCCAGACGAUCCUCAACGGACUGAGCGGUGGAGAAAGUUAUCGGUGAAGAGCAAGCCAAUUUUUAAGAGGAUGGUGAUUGAGAGUAAACCAACAGUUAACUAUAUCAUAGGAGACGGGGUGUUGGGAUUUGUCCAUGAUGUUGCCGUUGAGAUUGGAAUUCCUGCUAUUCAGAUGCAUUGCAUCAGUGCUUGCUCCUUCUGGACUUUCUUUUCUAUUCCUGACGUUGUUGCAGCCCAUCAACUUCCUAUUAAAGGAAAAGAAGACAUGGACAGGUUGAUCACAAAAGUACCAGGAAUGGAAACGUUUCUCCGAUGCCGAGAUCUUCCAGCAGGUUUCUGUCAAGUUAGCGACAUAUCAGACCCUAAUCUCUUCUUCAUCACCAACGAGAUACGAAAAUCCCAAGCACUUAUCAUCAACACCUUUGAAGAGCUAGAAGGACCAAUACUUUCCCAAAUACGCACUCGCUAUUCUAAAAUCUACACAAUUGGACCUCUCCAUGAGCAUCUGAAAACAAAACUAAGAAGCAUCGGAAAGCAAGAAUUGUAUUCAUCCUCGAACAGUCUCUGGAAAGUUGACGGGACCUGCAUCACAUGGCUGGAUAACCAGCCAUCGCAAUCUGUACUCUAUGUAAGCUUUGGUAGCUCCACAAUUGUGACAAGAGACCAGCUCAUGGAAUUCUGGUACGGUCUUGUUAAUAGCAAGAAGAAGUUCUUAUGGGUUAUAAGGCCUGAAUCUGUUAUUAACCAAGAUGGUGAUAAUCUUGGAGAAAUUCCUGAGGAGCUUCAGGAGGGAGGAAAGGCAAGGGGAUACGUUGUCAAAUGGGCACCCCAGGAAGAGGUUUUGGCACAUAAGGCAAUUGGUGGGUUCUUGACACACAGUGGAUGGAACUCCACUUUGGAGAGCAUAGCGGCUGGUGUGCCUAUGAUUUGCUGGCCUUACUUUGGUGAUCAGCAAGUGAAUAGCAGGUAUGUGAGUGAGAUUUGGAAGCUGGGAUUGGACAUGAAGGAUGUAUGUGAUAGAAGGGUUGUGGAGAAGAUGGUGAAUGAUCUGAUGGUGGAUAGGAGGGAGGAGUAUGUAAAGUCAACGGCUAGGAUGCAAGAGUUGGCAAGAAAGAGCGUAUCAGAAGAUGGAUCUUCUUCUUGUUGUCUGAACCGUCUGAUCGAGGACAUAAGGUUGAUGAACAAGAAGGCAUAUGCCAGCGAUAAUGACAAGGAUAACUUGUCACGAUAAAGAAUAUUUUUUUAUUUAUUAUUUUCUUUACUCUUGUUUAGAUGAAAAGAAAAAUUAAAAAAAAAAGAAAAAUAAAUUAUUAUCUGAAAGAGGAAAAAAUUAAGAGAGAAAAGUUUAUCACGAAUUUAUAAUUUUAUUCUAUAUAUUUUCAAGAGAAUUUAAGUAAAAAGAAUAAUUUUAGAAUUUUAGUAUAUGUAGUAAUAUUUCUUCUGUCUCUUUUUAUUUUUCUUAUAUUUAAAAAAAAAGAAAAAUAAGAAAUAUUAUGCAUUUUCUUCUCCUUUUUCUUAAAUAAGAAACUAUCAUUUUUCUUUAUACAUAAGAGAACAACUUUGAUAGUGGCACGAUCAAUACCAGCAUUGCUAUUUGGUUCGUUGGGUUUCUGUUUUUGGAUUGGGGUAUCAGUGAUAGGGGUUGUGGUGGCGGUGGUGUUAGGAGAAAGGACACAGUAGUGCCAUAUCGGUACCGGUGCUUCUAGUGUUAUCAUCAUCAGACUCAUGAGAGAAUUGGAGAUACUAGGAGAAGGGGAGGUGGGGGCGGUGGACGAAUGGGGUGCAGUUUGUUUCGGCGAUGGGAAGAGAGGAAAUGAGGAGGCAAUGAAAGGGAAUUAAAGAAGGAGGGGAAAUAGGGAAAUCGUUCCUGCCACCAUCUAAAGGCAAUUAUGUAAUAAAAUUACGUUACUUAAUGAUAAAUUGGAUUUGGAA